GCCAGAUGUCAGUCCCAGCAGAAAUGACACUGUGUGCGUAUGUAUUCGUAAGCAAAGAUGACGUAUAAACAAUUUCGGGUAAAUUUACCGGAACUGUAUGUUUUUUAGGUGCUGCUGGCGAAAGCGAGAGUUGUCGUCUGCACAUUUAGUAUACUACAAUUAGAUGCAGUUUCGUGGCAAAUUCAGAGCAUAGUGAACGGUAGGAUACGCACCAUCAUGAAAGUAAGGUGUCGCGCUAGUGCAGCAGCCUUGCUGCUGGUGGUAAUGGUACUGCAAAUGAUUCCGCCCAGCAAUGCUCACGGCUGGGGCUCGGAAGAUAUGGAAUUAUUUGAUCUUGUGGAGGAGGUGAAUGAAAAUUUCUACAGCCUGAUGAACAUCAACCAAACGGCAACGCUUGCCGAAAUUAAGCGUGCGUUCCGAACACUUUCGGUGGUGCUGCAUCCGGACAAGAACGAUGCCGAGGACGCAAACAUUCGAUUUCGCAAUCUAGUCUCGGUGUAUGAAAUUCUGAAGGAUCCGGGCAAGCGAGAAAAAUACGAUAAAGUGCUGAAGGAAGGUAUGCCAAACUGGAAAUCGGCACUUUAUUAUUAUCGGCACGUGCGGAAGAUGGGUAUGGUGGAAAGUGCCACCAUUCUGUUUGUUGUCAUCACCGUGAUGCAGUAUUUUGUAGCCUGGGCGGCGUAUGUUGAGAAAAAAUAUACAGCGGAACAAAUUGUAGGCAGUAAGCUGAAAAAGCUAAACAAGAAAAAGCAAACUAACGUACAGUUGGAAGAGCUAAUAAAUGAAAUACCUUUGCCGAGCAUUAAGAACACGUUACCCUGUCAGAUUCCUGUGUGGAUUUGGAACACGGUGACCGGUACGCCGGCGGCCAUUCGAUUAAUGUUCGAGCUUUAUUCGCAGCAGAAGAAACAGAAGGAAGAAGAAUUGCUUCGCGAGAAAGAAGAGAUCGAACUGCAAGCAACACUCGAGGAGCAACGGGCAAGGGAUAAAGAAAAUCGUAUACUACGUAAGCGAUCGAAAAAAAUGAUCGUACCGGAGAAAACGGACGAAGAACUAGCUGCGUACAGUCAGCGCAUACUAAAACCUUCACAAGAUGGCAAUGGGGACAAAAGUACGCACACUCCUCUUCCACAAUCAGGUGGUCUCUGGACGGAGGACGAUCUGACCGAGCUGGUACGAUUGGUAAAGAAAUAUCCGGGCGGUACUAGCAACCGUUGGGAAAUUAUAGCUGAUAUGAUGCAGCGAAGCGUUGAAGAAAUCACCUACAUGGCAGCAAAGAUGAAAGAGUGUGGCUAUCGAUUACCUCACCAGUCGGAGGGCACAAAUUCGUCCGAAUCGGGACAGGCAUCCGCGGUCGGUGUGACCGGUUCGACAAAGGUGAAAACGAAAACGCGUGACAGCGGUCCGAACGAAACGGCGACCAGCAACUGGACACAGCAGCAGCAGCAAGCACUCGAGGUUGCUAUACAAAAAUAUCCGAAAUCGGCAAAUUAUGAUCGGUGGCAGAAAAUUGCUAACAGUGUACCGGGCAAAUCGAAGGAGGAGUGUGUUGCACGGUACAAAUAUCUAGUGGAGCUGGUGAAGAAGCAAAAGAGUGCCAACGCGGUAGAUGACGCGUCGCAGGACGUUAAAGCUACAGACGAACCCGCUCCGGUGGAAGAUUUAAAAUCGACAAAUGACACCAUCGGCCCAACGGUUAGUGAAGAUACUUUGUUGGAGGACGAUAAUGCAGCGUCGGCACCACCAUCGGCAGCUGGUGGUAAGAGCCAGGCGAAAAGUAAACGACGGGAGCGUAAGAAAGCGAAAGCCUAUUACAGCUACUCGGAUGAUUCGGAUAUGUCGUACGAAGCAGAAGAAAUAUAAAAGCUUACCGCCCGUUCUAAAAACGUGUGAAGCAAAAAAAAAACGAAACAAUUCUUAGCCAAGUGGUGUUUGAAAACGAAGAAAAGUGCCCACCGAACGAUUGUCGAUAGUUUUUUUUCGGAAGGCGGGCUAGGUUAAGUAAUUGGUUCUUUUAUUCUCUUUCGCUUUUGUUUUUUUUCUCUCUCUCUAUUAUCUGUCUCUCUUUCUGUUGCUUUAUUAACAUGAUAUUGUUAUUGCUUUGAAAAAAUGUAGAAUAAAUAGCCUUUGGGAGCCAGAUCGGAACA